AUGGUAGACCCACUGAAGAUAUUCUGGGUACUCACGAAUAGCACGUAUCUAGUCACUAAGUUCAUCCGAAUCGGAAUCGCCGACAAGAAUGACAAUCCACCGUACUUCGACAAGGCGCUGUACGAGGCGGAGGUCGACGAGAACGAGGACAUCCAGCACACGGUGCUCACCGUCACCGCCAAGGAUCACGAUGAAUCGUCGCGUAUUCGAUAUGAGAUCACGAGCGGUAACAUAGGCGGUGCCUUCGCCGUCAAGAACAUGACGGGCGCUAUCUACGUCGCUGGCGCCCUGGAUUACGAGACGAGGAAACGAUAUGAGCUCCGCCUCGCAGCAUCGGAUAAUCUGAAGGAAAACUACACCACCGUCGUGAUCCACGUGAAGGACGUCAACGAUAAUCCGCCCGUCUUCGAGCGGCCCACGUACCGGACGCAGAUCACCGAGGAGGACGAUCGCAACCUACCGAAGCGUGUCCUGCAGGUCUUGGCUUCGGACGGCGACAAGGAUCGGCCGCAGAACAUUGUCUACUUCCUCACCGGCCAGGGCAUCGAUCCGGACAAUCCGGCCAACAGCAAGUUCGACAUCAAUCGCACGACGGGCGAGAUUUUCGUGCUCAAGCCACUGGAUCGGGAUCAACCGAACGGGCGGCCGCAGUGGCGGUUCACGGUGUUCGCGCAGGACGAGGGCGGCGAAGGGCUGGUCGGAUACGCGGACGUGCAGGUGAACCUGAAGGACAUCAACGACAAUGCGCCGAUCUUCCCGCAGGGCGUAUACUUUGGCAACGUCACCGAGAACGGCACGGCCGGCAUGGUGGUGAUGACGAUGACGGCCGUCGAUUACGACGAUCCGAAUGAAGGUACGAACGCGAAACUGAUCUACUCGAUCGAGAAGAACGUAAUCGAGGAGGAGACGGGCUCACCAAUCUUCGAGAUCGAGGCGGACACGGGCGUGAUCAAGACGGCAGUGUGCUGCCUGGACCGCGAGCGCACCCCGGACUACUCGAUCCAGGUGGUGGCGAUGGACGGCGGGGGCCUCAAAGGGACCGGGACGGCCUCUAUACGCGUCAAGGAUAUAAACGAUAUGCCACCGCAGUUCACCAAGGACGAGUGGCUGACGGAGGUGGACGAGACGGACGGCACCAACCUGCCCGAGAUGCCGAUCCUGACGGUGACGGUGCACGACGAGGACGAGACGAACAAGUUCCAGUACAAGGUGAUCGACAACAGUGGCUACGGCGCGGACAAGUUCACGAUGGUGCGCAACAACGACGGAACCGGCUCGCUCAAGAUCGUGCAGCCGCUCGACUACGAGGAUCCGCUGCAGAGCAACGGGUUCCGGUUCCGGAUACAGGUGAACGACAAGGGCGAGGACAACGACAACGACAAGUACCACGUGGCGUACUCGUGGGUCGUGGUGAAGCUGCGUGACAUCAACGACAACAAACCGCAGUUCGAGCGGCCCAACAUCGAGGUGUCGGUGUACGAGAACGCGGACGUUGGCAAGACGCUCGAAACGUUCAAAGCGACCGACCCGGAUCAGGGCGGCAAGAGUAAGGUAUCGUACGCGAUCGAUCGCUCGUCCGAUCGGCAGCGCCAGUUCUCGAUCAAUCAGGAGGGAACGGUCACGAUCCAGCGCAAUCUGGACCGCGAAGUGACGCCCCGGCACCAGGUAAAGAUCCUGGCGAUCGACGACGGUAUCCCACCGAAGACGGCCACCGCCACGCUGACGGUGAUCGUGCAGGACAUCAAUGACAACCCGCCCAAGUUCCUGAAGGACUACCGGCCGGUGCUACCGGAGCACGUGCCACCGCGCAAGGUAGUCGAAAUCCUGGCGACGGACGAUGACGAUCGAUCGAAGAGCAACGGACCGCCGUUCCAGUUCCGGCUCGAUCCGGGCGCAGACGACAUCAUCCGGGCAUCGUUCAAGGUGGAGCAGGACCAGAAGGGUGCGAACGGGGACGGGAUGGCGAUCGUGUCGUCGCUCCGAUCGUUCGAUCGCGAGCAACAGAAGGAGUACCUGAUCCCGAUCGUCAUCAAGGACCACGGUAACCCGGCAAUGACGGGCACCUCCACGCUGACGGUGGUGAUCGGUGACGUGAACGACAAUAAGAUGCAGCCCGGCUCGAAGGACAUCUUCGUGUACAACUACCUGGGCCAGGCUCCGGACACGCAGAUCGGCCGAGUGUACGUGUACGAUCUGGACGACUGGGACCUGCCGGACAAGAAGUUCCACUGGGAGGCACAGGAGCACCCGCGCUUCAAGCUGGACGAGGACACGGGCAUGAUCACGAUGCGCCAGGGUACGCGCGACGGCCGGUACCAUCUGCGGUUCAAGGUGUACGACCGGAAGCACACCCAGGCGGACGUGCCGGCGAACGUGACGGUGACGGUGCGCGAGAUUCCGCACGAGGCCGUCACCAACUCGGGCUCGAUUCGGAUAGCGGGCAUCACGGACGAGGACUUUAUCCGCGUGUGGAACUACCGCACCCAGAGUCUGUCCCGCAGCAAGUCGGACCGGUUCAAGGACAAGCUGGCGGACCUCCUAAACAUUGACCGCGAGAACGUGGACGUGUUCAGUGUGCAGCUGCGCCGCAAGCAUCCGCCCCUAACGGACGUACGCUUCUCGGCCCACGGCUCCCCGUACUACAAGCCGGUCCGGCUUAACGGGAUCGUGCUGAUGAACCGCGAGGACAUCGAGAAGGAGGUCGGCAUCAACAUCACGAUGGUCGGCAUCGACGAGUGUCUGUACGAGAACCAGAUGUGCGAGGGUUCGUGCACCAACACGCUGGACAUUAACUCGCUGCCGUACAUGGUGAACGCCAACAAGACGUCGCUGGUCGGGGUCCGCGUGGACGUGCUGGCCGAGUGCACUUGCGGGGCGCGCAACUUCAGCAAAGCCGAAUCGUGUCGCUCGUCGCCGUGUCACAACGGCGGUCGCUGUAUGGAAACCCGGUACGGUUUGUCCUGCUCGUGUCCGACCGGUUACACGGGGCCACGGUGUCAGCAGACGACCCGCAGCUUCCGCGGCAACGGUUGGGCUUGGUAUCCGCCGCUCGACAUGUGCGAUGAUUCGCAUCUUAGCUUCGAGUUCAUCACGCGCAAAUCCGACGGACUGCUCCUGUACAACGGACCGAUCGUGCCGCCCGAACGGGACGAGCUGCUCGUGUCGGACUUUGUGUCCGUCGAGCUGGAGCGCGGUUUCCCGCGGCUGCUGAUCGAUUUCGGGUCCGGAACGCUCGAGCUGCGCGUCAAGACGAAGAAGAGCCUGGACGAUGGCGAGUGGCACCGGCUGGACGUGUUCUGGGACACGGAGAACGUGCGGCUCGUGGUGGACAACUGCCGGUCGGCCGAGGUGUCCGAGAUGGAGGACGGAUCGCCGCCCGAGUUUGACGACUCGUCGUGCCAGGCUCGCGGCAUCAUUCCGCCGUUCAACGAGUAUCUGAACGUGAACGCACCGCUCCAGAUCGGUGGCUUCUACCGGGAGCAGUUCGAUCCGACGCACUACCGCUGGAACUACAUGCCGUCCGGGAAGGGCUUCGACGGGUGCAUCAAGAAUCUGGUGCACAACAGCAAGCUGUACGAUCUGGCCCAUCCGGGUCUGUCGCGCAACAGUGUGGCUGGGUGUCCGCAAACGGAGGAAGUGUGCAGUCAGAGCGAGCAGACGGCUCGCUGCUGGGAGCACGGCAACUGCGUCGGUAGCUUCACCGAGGCUCGCUGUCAGUGUCGUCCGGGUUGGACGGGCCCUGCCUGUAACAUUCCCACCAUUCCGACCACCUUUAAGCAGCAGAGCUACGUCAAGUAUGCGCUCAGUUUCGAACCGGACCGGUUCAGCACGCAGAUUCAGCUUCGGUUCCGGACACGCGAACAGCACGGUGAGCUGUUCCGGGUCAGCGAUCAGCACAACCGAGAGUACGGCAUUCUGGAGAUCAAGGACGCAAGGCUGCGGUUCCGCUAUAACCUCAACUCGCUCCGUACCGAGGAGAAGGAUAUCUGGCUGAAUGCGAUCGCCGUGGACGAUGGUCAGUGGCACGUGGUGCGCGUGAACCGACACGGAUCGGCCGCCACUCUCGAGCUGGAUGGUGGCGAAGGGCGCCGGUACAACGAAACGUUCCUUUUCGAGGGACACCAGUGGCUGCUGGUGGACAAGCAGGAAGGUGUGUACGCGGGUGGCAAGGCCGAGUACACGGGCGUUCGGACGUUCGAGGUGUACGCCGACUACCAGAAGAGCUGUCUCGAUGACAUUCGCCUCGAAGGAAAGCACCUUCCGCUGCCACCGGCCAUGAACGGAACGCAGUGGGGCCAGGCGACGAUGGCACGGAACCUGGAGCGGAACUGCCCGUCGAACAAACCGUGCGCCAACGUUAUCUGUCCGGAUCCGUUCGAAUGCGUUGACCUGUGGAACGAGUACGAGUGCACCUGCGGCGAAGGACGCGUCAUGUCGCCGGACGGUAAGGGCUGCAUGGAUCGGAACGAGUGUCUCGACCUGCCGUGCCUGAACGGUGGGGUGUGCGUGAACCAGGACCCGCGGCUCCGGUACCGCUGCGAUUGCCCGGACGGCUUCUGGGGCGAGAACUGCGAGCUGAUCCAGGAGGGCCAAACGCUGAAGCUGAGCAUGGGCGCCCUGGCCGCCAUUCUCGUGUGUCUGCUAAUCAUAUUGAUUCUGGUGCUGGUGUUUGUGGUCUACAACCGGAGGCGAGAGUCGCACAUCAAGUACCCGGGCCCGGAUGACGACGUCCGGGAGAACAUCAUCAACUACGACGAUGAGGGCGGCGGCGAGGACGAUAUGACGGCGUACGACAUCACGCCGCUCCAGAUCCCGAUCGGGCCGAUGCCGGAGCUGACGCAGUGCAAGAUGCCGCCGUUGAUGUAUCCAGUCAUGACGAUGGGACCGGGCCACGAACCGAACGUGGGCAUGUUCAUCGACGAGCACAAGAAGCGCGCCGACAGUGACCCCAACGCGCCCCCGUUCGACGAUCUGCGCAACUACGCGUACGAAGGCGGCGGCAGCACGGCCGGAUCGCUCAGCUCGCUGCAGUCAGGCACUGACGACGAGGUGCAGGAGUUCGACUACCUGGACGCCUGGGGACCGCGGUUCGACAAGCUGGCCAACAUGUACGGCGAUCAUCAUCCGACUGAGCUUGAUGAUUUAAAUUAA